AUGUUAUACAUACACAAUAUUGCAAAAAAGUAUUGGGCUACCCCUUCAAAUCUUUGGAUUCAGGUGUUCCAAUCACCUCCAUGGCCACAAGCACCUAGUUAUGCAGACUGCUUCUACAAACAUUUUUUGAAAGAAUGGGUCGCUCUCAGGAGCUCAGUGAAUUCAAGCGUGGGUCCUGUGAUAGGUUGCCACUUGUGCAAUAAGUCCAUCUGUGACAUUUCCUUGCUAAUAAAUAUUUCAUGGUCAACUGUUAGUGGUAUUGUUGUAACAAAGUGGAAGCAACUGGGAACAGCAGCAACUCAGCUACGAAGUGGUAGGCCAUGUAAAAUGACAGAGCGGGGUCAGCGCAUGCUGAUGCGCACAGUGCACAGAAGUCGCCAACUGUCUGCAGAAUCAACAGCUAAAGACCUCCAAACUUCAUGUGGCCUUCAGAUUAGCACAACAAUGGUGCAUAGAGAGCUUCAUGGAAUGGGUUUCCAUUUCCGAGCAGCUGUAUCCAAGCCUUACAUCACCAAGUGCAAUGCAAAGCGUCGGAUGCAGUGGUGUAAAACACGCCGCCACUGGACUCUAGAGCGGUACUUGCCUGACUGCAUUGUGCCAAGUGUUAAGUUU